AUGGCUCAUGCCCCUUUACUCGGAAACCUAUCGGGCUCGAUCUUCCCGCCGCCCAGCCUAAGCGGCGCCGGAAGCCUUCAGCAGAACAGCAAGACCAGCAUGAGCCAUGCGCCACGCACCAGUCAGCUGCCGGGCCCGCCGGCAUUCGCCGCCUCGUCCUCCUCGCUCAGCACCCUGUCGAGCGGUGGUACCGUCGUCUCCGGAACGAAUGGAGGCCCUAUCGCCGCGACCGGCAACAUCAUCAAUCAAAAGGCGGAUGCCUCUCGCUCCCUCUACCAAAUCUGCAUCUCCCUCAAGCAGCGUCUAGCCCAGGUGCCCGGCUUUGGCCACUUCCUCGAGAAGUUGGACCCAAACGACCCCGUUGACCCGCUGUGGACUCUUCUUCGUACUGGCUACCCUCUCUUGGCCAUUUACAACUCGCUCCAACCGGCCGAGCGGCUCAAGGUCGAUGACCCCAACGCCGCCGAGGCAAAGAAGUCCAAGAUUGCCAUUUUCAAGUUUGUCCAGGCCUGCAUGAAGGAGCUCAAUGUACCGCCGGCCGAUUGCUUCGUCAUCACCGAUUUGACGGGUACCGACACGAGCGGUUUUGUCAAGGUAACUCAAGUCGUCAACUAUGUGCUUGACCUUGCCGAGGAACGCGGCCUUUUAUUGCAGCAGCAGCACCCCAAAGGUGAACCUCUCACCGCCACCGGCAGCUCGCAGAUGAGCUAUCGAGAUCAUAUCGUGAAGGAAUUGGUAGACACCGAGCGCAAAUAUGUUCAGGACCUCGAAAACCUGCAAGGCUUGAAGAAGACGUUAGAGCAAAAGGGUGCCAUACCGGGCGACAUUGUUCACCAGAUCUUCCUCAACAUCAACGCCAUUCUGGACUUUCAGCGACGCUUCCUCAUUCGAGUGGAGACGACGAACUCGAUGCCCACCGCCGACCAACGCUGGGGUGCCCCGUUCUGCUUCUACGAAGACGCCUUCGAUAUUUACCAGCCCUUUAUCGCCAAUCAGAGGAAGGCGGCGCAUCUUGCGAAUCAAGUGUUCGAUAACAUUCAGUCCUCCGACCAUCCGGUGGCCGCCGACUUCAAUACUCUCGACGGAUUUCUGCUCAAGCCCAUGCAGCGACUGGUGAAGUACCCGUUGCUGUUGAAGGACCUGAACAAGAAGACGGAAAAUGACGAAGUCAAGGAAGACCUGAUGAUGGGUUGCGAGGCUGCCGAACGAGUUUUGUCAAAGGCCAACGAAGCCGUGAACCGAGAUCUGUUGGAUGAAGCCCUCGAGGAGCUGGUCCAGAGAGUCGACGACUGGAAGUCCCACAAAGUGGAUUCUUUCGGAAAGCUCCUUUUGCACGGCGUGUAUGGUGUCAUCACGGGCAAGAGCGAUCAGGAAAAAGAGUACGAGAUAUAUCUAUUCGAAUGCAUCCUGCUGUGCUGCAAGGAGGCGUCGGCGAACAAGAGCAAGGAUAAGAAGGACAAAACUCGAUCGUCAGGACCCAGAAUCCGCAACAAGAAUGCAAAGCUUCAACUUAAGGGCCGGAUAUUCAUGACCAACGUCACCGACAUCGUCUCUCUCUCCAAACCUGGAUCCCACAGCGUUCAGAUUUGGUGGAAAGGCGACCCGGGCGUCGAAAACUUCACCAUCCGCUUUCUUAACGAAGAGACGAUGAAGAAGUGGGCGAUGGGACUCGAGGCGCAGAGAAAGGAGUAUGUUCCGCGGCUGUCAUCAAGCUCCGAGGGAGCUACCGACUUUGCGUGGACUCGAGACCAAGCUGGCGCGCUCGAAAACCCUUACCUGCAGGAUGAUGACGAUGACGAGGAGGAGUACGGUUCGACAACUGCGCCUUCGCAGUUCCCCAUGCCCGUCCUACCGCCGGUGGGCUCCUCGCUACCCCGCACCUCGUCAAGCUCGAACCCGAGGCAGCGCUCCGCGACGGGCGACAGCACUCACUCCCUCGCUGGCGUUGCGAGAGCGCCGCCGCCGCGGCUCCCGCUCCCGCCCCCUCCCGGGGCGCUGAGCGUUCAGACUCAUGGCAACGGUGCUACGUCCCCGGGUCUCAGGGGCGGAGACAGCUACUUCUCUCCCGUGGCCGAGUCUCCGACCUCGUCGCGAGCGAGCGCGGCCAGUGGCAUGUUCCCCUCGCAUACAUUUUCCUAUCCCAAGUCGGGCACGCCCCAGCCGACAUGGGAUGAGACCAAUCGGUACACGGCACCCGCGAUGCCUCGGGCGCCGUCUCGGGAUGGCACGUCGCCGGGCCCGCAUAUGCUGAACGCGAGGAACCCUCGGGGCCCUUCCCUUCCCCCCAUGGCCACGCCGAACCAGAGCGCCGCGCAGAAGCAACGAAGCCGAUCGUACAGCACGACGGACGCCAACGGAAUGGCACGAGUGCGGCAGCAGGGCCAAGUGCCUGCCAUGCCUACCAUUCCUACCCACCUGGCGCACGAUGGCAACAUCUUGAGGGCGCAGAACGCUUCGCCCCGCAACGAGCUCCCGGUUCGAACGAGCACCCAGAGUCCCGGCACGCAGCGCGAGCGGAUGCACAAGCACUCUGGCAGUCUCGGCGGUCAGAUGGCCCAAAUUCCCGGCAAGCAAGCGUACCAGCGGCAGCCGAGCGGCGCGCCUCCGGGAGCCGGCUCGUUCCGGGUCGAUUCGAUGAGCGCCACCUCGAGGACCAUGUCGCCGGCCCAGAGCAUGCAGGGCUCCGAAAUGCCUCUGCCGACGCAGCUCAAGGUGCGAGUCAACUGCGACAGCGGCAACUAUGUCACGCUUGUUGUCGCCUUCAACAUCACGUACCAGUCGCUCAUCGACCGCAUCGACGCCAAACUCGCGCGCUUCAUGACCAACAAUAUCGGCAAGGGCAUGCUGAAGCUGCGGUACCGCGACGAGGACGGCGACUUUGUCACGAUUGCGAGCGACGACGACAUCCAGAUUGCCUUCAUGGAGUGGCACGAAGGAGUCAAGAACAUGUAUUCCGGAGGCGUCGGAGAGAUAGAGCUCUUCUGCGUCGGGGACACUUCUUGA